UCCCGAUUAUGUUCUUGACCCCAACGCCGUCCUGAAGGACAUGGACGCGGCCUGGAGAUAUGGCGCCCCUCCGGACUAUUCCAACACCCGUGCGGUGUAUGAGCGGACCAAGAAACAAUCCCACGAGCCCGGCAGCCUGCCCAACCUGGUCGAGAACCUCGUCAAGAACUGGGAGAUCGAGGCCUCCUUCAAGACCUCGCUGGCGGACUGGCGCACGAUCGACCACGAGAAGUACCACGUCACGCUCAACGGCGGCGCCCCGUUGUCCGGCGAGUACAUGCUCAAGGUGGGCACCUACAACGCCCUGCUGACCCCGAGCGCGUACUACGACCCCGCCCACAACGACUUCGAGAUGAGCCACAAGAGCUUUAAGCGGAUGAUGCCCACCUUUGCCUGGGAGGUGACCGAGGUGUACAGCGGCCCGCCCACUGUGGUCUUCAAGUGGAGACACUGGGGGGAGAUGGCGCGCGACUAUGUUGGGUUCAACGAGUGAGUGAGACACCGUGAAGUUCCUUCCGGGUAGCGGAGCUAACACUGGGCGAAUCUUAGCAAGGGAGAGAAGGUCCGGAUUGAGGCGCAUGGCGGCCCGAUCGAUAUUCAGGGCAUCAUCGUCGCCAAGGUCAACAAGGCCCUCCAGUUGGAGCAGAUCAACGUGUGGUUCGACCCGCUCGACAUGUUCCGCCAGAUCUCCCGCGGUCGCGAGCAGAUCAAGGCCGAUGAUGCGGAGGUACCCUCUGGCUGCCCCUUCACUGGAGGCGCUGCCAACAAGGAGUAGAAGUUUUGAUGUUUGAUCUCGUGUCGUGUACUGUACUGUUUAGAUACCUCGUCUCGUGGCAAUAUGAUGUAAUGA